AUGGUGCUCAACGCCCAAUACACUUCUGAGUUACAAGAAGUUGAAGACGAGAAACGUGGAGGAGCCCGUGCAAUGCUCCACAAACGUGGCGGAGCUCGAGCAUUCUCUUCUGACGUCGGAGAUGAUUUCAAACGAGGCGGUGGACGCGCUUUCUAUGAUGAAAAGAGAGGCGGUGCCCGUGCGUUUUUGACUGAAAUGAAACGUGGCGGAGCUCGAGCAUUCCAAGGUUUCAAUGAGGAGAAACGAGGUGGAGCUCGUGCUUUUAUGAUGGACAAACGCGGCGGAGGAAGAGCAUUCAGUGAUAUGAUGAAACGUGGUGGAGCCCGUGCAUUCUUGGAUAACCAGAAGAGAGACGAAGACUGGGUUAUUCAACCAUUCAAUGGAGAAGACGAUCGUCUUGGUGUGUUCUAA